GAAAUGAACCUUGUAAUCAUUGCCGGGUGCUUGUUCCUUUGCUUCGAUUCAGCAACUGGAACACGGUGCUUAACUUGUACCUCCCUGCCUAGCAGAGUUCCGUGUGUUACCGCUUCAACUUGUUCAACUGCGCAAGAAUGUUAUGCUAAGUACGUGUUGAAACCGGACGGACCGGUUAUGUACGAAUUCGGUUGUCAAGAUAGUCAGACAUGCCCCGGUCAGAUGGGUACCCAUGCUUUAAUUGGCAAGCGUGCGACCGGCGAUACCGAAUUAUGCUAUAAAUGUUGCCAAGGAGAUAUGUGUAAUCAAGGCACACUUUGUACAGGACCCUUAACAACUGGCACGCAUAUCUUGAAUCCCACAACCGUGUCAAUUAUCACGGCCACUUCGCCCACAACAACACAAACAACACCAACGACCACAGUCAUUACACCAUCUAUGCCAAAGUCCACUUCGAUAACCACAGCGACAAUAGCGUCAGGUGGUGAUGUCUGUCUGACCUGUACAGAUUCACCUGUGGCCCGAGAAUGUCUUUACACUAUGACAUGUGCAUCACACGAGAGUUGCUAUGCUGACGCAUUUGAGAAUCCAAAUGGUGACAUCGUUUUCAAUUUGGGCUGUCGGGAUAGACAACUUUGUGGCUCUUCCGGCAAACGCGAAGUGGUGAACCGAUCCAACGGUAACACGCAGCUGUGCGCUCAGUGUUGCUUUGGAAACCUUUGCAACGCUGCCCUCUGUGGACAAACUGGACUGCCCUCUGUUGGUCCCGUGUGUUUCAAGUGUGAUCAGGCCAACACACCAAGCUCGUGCAACACGAUAGCGCUCUGUGGAAGGGGUGACGUAUGCCACGUUGAGAAAACCACUAGUUCGCUAACCCACGCUUCGCUAUACAAGUCAGGAUGUCUACACAAAACCAUUUGUGAUAGACACGCUCAAAUCCUAAGUUUGAUCGGAAGGAAGCGAUAUGACAACACAGUUAAGCCAGGGAACGACUUGCAGAUACAGUGUUGUGACUCUAACCUGUGUAAUCAUGGAAAUGGCAGUAGCGCUUCCGGUAGCGCAUCGACGACUGGAGCAGUGGCGCCAACACAUAGCUCACUCUCAGCACAACAAAGCAUUUGCUCCACUAAUCCUUGUAUCCAUGGUAGCUGUUUCUCAGCAUCAACUGACUACUUUUGUCAAUGUGAACAAGAUUGGCAGGGCAAAAAUUGCGAUCAACACCAAGGCCCAUGCACCGGAAGCCCGUGUAUCCAUGGCAGAUGUUUUGAAAGCAGCACCGACUACGCUUGUCAAUGUGAGAAUGGUUGGCAAGGGAAGAACUGUGAUCAAAAUAUCAACUACUGCACAAGCAAUCCUUGUCUGCAUGGUACCUGUUCGAAUGGCGCUUCCAGCUAUGUGUGUCAGUGCUCUGUCGGUUGGCAAGGAACGAAUUGUGAUCAAGGUUAGGAAUACGUUUAUAGACUUAAACGAAUACCAAUAUACAUAUUUUCAAAGCAAUGGUAUUUUUAUUGACACAUGGUAUUCAUUCAUAAUCGUAUGACCGCAAUUCCUUAGCAAAGGUAUAUAAUCAUAUGUGUGUCCUUUUUGCAAAUCUUACUUUUAACGCUCAAUAUGUUUCAAUUUAUUUUGAUUCAUGAAGCCACGUUUCUAUCGUCCUGCUAAACAGUGAUUUAAGUUUUUAAGUGUACAUAAAAAUUAUUUCCGCGCAGAUAAAACUGCAUUCAUUAAUGAAGUGGCUCAUACGUAAUAAUGACAUGACUUGCUAAAUUGUGAAGUUAUUUUUGGAUAGUUUUGAAUUGUAUCGCCAUGUUAAUCUUUGGAUGGACGCACACUGUUGAAUCUGAGACUACUUUGCAUUUGAAAAGAAACGAAUUAAUCAAUAUGCAUCAGUGCAAUGACCGCCUUGAUUAUUACAAUGGUAUCUGUAAAAGCAUAUGCAAAUAAUGGUUGUGAUAAUUAAGAGUUAUCCACUCAUUGAUAGUGAAUGUAGGUAUAAUAUGCAUUCAAGUAAGUAAUCUUACUAACAAAGCAGAUGCUGCAGUAACAUAACACAUUCUUAAGGAACAGUGUAAUUAUUUUUUAAUAUACUCGCCAUUGUAGAGCAGUUCUUGUUUAUGUAAUUGAUACCAUAGCUACGAUUACAGUUCGAUUGCGAUACAGUGAAUGCUUUAUAAUAACAUAAUGUUUACAGUUGGUCUUCUGUUACUCAAGUUAUGGAUUUGAACAUAAAUUUAUCUCCUGAUAUAGUUUCUGAUCGCAAUGUAUGCAGAUUACAAUAAUGCUACUCAUGUUCAUUUUUAUAGACGAAACAUGUUCGUACCUGUUGUUUUUGCUGUUGAUAAGAAUUUCACUAAGUUCUGUAUGACUUAUAUUGUCAUUGAAGCUCGUCUUUAAUUGAUACUCCGGCCUGGUCUGGUAAUUAUCUAUUG